AUGCGUUCACUCUUUUACAUCCUUGCUGCACUGUUGGCAGCUGGGCUCGUGAUUAAUUACACCACUAAAUAUUCUACGGAAGUAUUCAUCAUUAGAGCCGUUUUCAAUGCAGUCUUGUUGAGAAACAAAUAUUUAGGAAUGAGUAUCGGAAACCCACAAAGUACCAUGAUGGGAAUUACCACUCCAGAUUGGAAGGAAGUUUCAUUAGAGGCUCAAACGUUAUAUAAUUUUGUACGGUUUAACGCUGGAAGAAAACUAGAAUCGGAUGUUGCCAUGAGAGAUGGUAUGAUAUCUUUGGCUCCUCCAGUUUCUUAUCAUAAUUCAUUGGGAUAUCAAUAUAUUCCUGAAAUUAGAAAUUCAUUAUUGGUUCAUCUCAGAGAUCGUUUCUAUGUUGAUCAAUACUUUGGAAAGGAUAAAAGAGGAAAAGUUUUGUUAUUGGUUCAUGGUGGAGGAGGCUUUGCUGGUAAACCAGGCGGUUUUGAACUCGGAAGUAUUGUUGAACAUAUGCAAACGAGAUUUAAUAGUUCAUUGACUCAUAUUCUCUCGGUAGGAUAUCGAUUGAUGGCUUUAACGGAAGAGGAAAAGAGUAAGAGGAAUGAAUUUGCCACAAAAUUCAGUGAGCAGGCCGAUGAUGUCAUUCAAGCUUAUCAAUGGUUAUUGAAAAAGUUUAAUGCUGAGGAUGUUGUGGUUGUUGGAAGUUCGUUUGGAGCUGCUCUUUCAGCAGAGUUUUUGAGAAGAGUUGCCGUGGAAAAACUUCCAAUGCCUAAAGCUGCAAUUUUGGUUGGUGGUCCUUUUGAUUUAACUUUGAAAUUGGGCUAUAGUAGUUUGAAUGCUAGAAAUACAUUGAUGUCUACCGAUCGAAUGAUUUCAAUUAUGCAAAGACUUUUCAAGGCAGAAGACUCUCCACUUGUCACAUGGAAGAAUGUGGAUAAGAGAGUUCAUGAAACCAAUCUGUUAAUUAUUUAUUCCAAGGAUGAAGAGGUCACAAAAGACAAUGAAGCUUUUAUUCAAAUUUUGAAGGACAUCAAACAUCCAUCCGUGCAAGUAAUUGCUGACAAUAUGAUGAUUCAUUGCCACCCAUUUUUCGAGUACUAUUUCGCAGAGGCAAAACAAGCCAUGAGCAAGAUGUUAGACUUUGUGGAUUCACAAAAUUAA